AUGGCCGACCCUGACAACUUCCGCGUCCACUCCAUCGACCACAUCAAGAAGCUUCCCGACGCGGACAAGGCGCGUGCCAUCCUCGAGGAGUGUGCGCGCCACAUCAGGCCGCUGCUACAGGCCCGCCGCUUCCCGCAGCCGCGCUGCUCCGUCCGCAGUGCGUUUGCCAGCGCUCGCGACCGCGCCGCGACCGCCUCGCAGGCACGUCGCUGGCGCGUGCUCAAGCUGUACGAGAUCUGCUGUUGCACCGCGGGCGGGAAGAACCUCGGCGUGGGCGGCUUCUGCUGCCCCGCCGGCGACGGCGUCACCUCGCUGCGGAUUGCGAUCCGGCUCCGCACGCCCGGACACGGGCCGCAGGCGGAUGAGUGGGGCGCGCACAGCCUGCGCGACCUCGAUCACGCGAUGAAGGUGCUCAUCCACGAGGUGUCGCACAUCGUGCACGGCAACCACUCGGCCGCGUUUUACACGCUGAUGGCCGAGCUGACGAGGCAGUACGAGACGUACCUCCAGAAGGGGCAGGUCCUGGACGAGGCGGGCAUGCCGCUCACCGGAGGGCGAAAGGCGGACGCCUCUCGCCACAACCCGUCCCUGCGCGAGGCGCGACUCGCCGCCCUCGGGGCGGCCGAGGCGCGCGCGCGGACUGGCGCGAUUCUGGGCGGAGGGGGCAGGCUCGGCGGAGGAGGAGACGUUUGUGAGUAUGGUCCGCAGUGA